CCGCGCCGACGACGCCGCGAUAAGUGGGUCGUCAAUUUGCCUUUUAAUUCUUAUCUCCCAUAUCGUGUUUACAAUUAAUAAGUAGCUAAUCGGUUCUGGAAAUACGAUCCAAGCUGAUAAGUUCUCAAAUAAGUUUCAUUAGUGAUUCCGAAAGUGCCCGCGAGAUUUCGAAGCUUGAAAUUACAAAGCUCUAACUAUGCAUUUAGGGGAAAAAAAUCCGGUUCAAGGUCGUGUCUGCGUCUAGCCAUGGAUACUUUUCAACUACACGGGAUUGUAUUCCGAUAUUGUCGACCUGUUUCUAAGAAAUUUUUUUGGACUUCGAUCGUGACGCAUAAUUGACCGAUUCGAAAGUCAAGCGUGGACCAAAAUGGAUUCAUAUAAAACUACAGCUGACAGCCAAGAGAAUAACACGCCUGAUAUUUCGCCAAUAGAAUUUAUUCAAAAAAUUAUAUCUGUUGAACAAGAUGAUUACCAUGCACAAUCGGAAACGAAUCUUGAUGUUAAUGAGGAUGAAGAAAAUCCAGUUGAUUUCGUGUUGGCCUUUAUGGAUAAUGGUAAUGCAAACCAAGCCCAUAGAAGGGCACAAUUUGAAAGCAGUCUAUUGGAGCAAGGACUUCAGUUAGAGUAUGAACAGACUGGUAGCUUAGGUUUUGUUAAAAUCUAUGCUCCAGAGGAAGUCUUAUGUAGAUACUGUGAAAUUAUGAAACUUAGGAUGCCAAUUAAACCAUUGCCUAAUGAAACUAUUAUCGAAGAAACUGAUUUAAUCGAUGAUGCAAAGUCAUGGUUUAUUAAGUUAUUUAAUUUUGCUCAGCUAGACAAAUCCAAAUUUGUGCCUAAAGAAUAUCAGCUAGCUGCUGAGUAUUCUAGAGAUAAAGAUUAUUUAUUCGAUACCAAGGACAAGAAUUUUUUUACUACUCACAUAAGGGUAAUGAUAGUGAAUUUUAUUUUGGAGAGACAAUGUGAAGGUAUUCAACGCUUAUUAGCUACAGGCGUUUAUUCAGCUGCAUACCCAUUGCAUGAUGGUACAAUAAAGCAAAAAGGAUGUACAAGAGCACUACUUUAUGAAGAGUGGGCCAAAGCUAAGCAUUGGGUUAAGAUUCAGCCACUCGACACUAUAAGAGAAUAUUUUGGAAUCAAUUUUGCCUUGUAUUUUGCAUGGCUUGGGUUUUACACUUAUAUGCUUAUUCCAGCUAGCAUUGCUGGUUUAAUAACAUUUUUUUAUGGAGUAAUAACUUUGAGUUCAAAUAAACUUGCUGAAGAUGCUUGCAGCGAAUGGGCUAAGGAUACUAUUAUGUGUCCCCAAUGUGACAAAACAUGUGAUUUUUGGAGACUCAGCGAAACCUGUUUACUUACUCGUGUAACUCACUUAUUUGACAAUCCAGCCAUGCUAUAUUUCGCUACAUUUAUGUCCGUUUGGUCUGUAUUUUACUUGGAAUUAUGGAAAAGAAAAGCUGCAGAGUUGAGUUACCGUUGGGGUCUAGGCGGUUGGGACAGAGGAUGCGAUCAUUCGCGGCCUCAAUAUUUGUCCGCACUUGCAAAUACUAAGUUAUUCAAAGUCAAAGAAAAACUUAAUCCAGUUACUAGGGUAAAAGAGCCCCACGUAAGUUUUUGGAAAGUUCGUGUCCCAGCGACGUUUUUUAGUUUUUCGAUAGUCAUGCUUUUGACUGCCAUGGCACUCGCGGCUGUUUUUGCUGUAGUUUUGUAUCGGAUGGCGAGCAUAACUUCAACGUCUCUAUUUGGUCGAGAAGUAGACUCACAAACUUACAAAAUAUUUGCCAUACCUGCCAUAGCAGCUGGAAUAAAUCUGGCUUGCAUUUUAGUUUUGAAUUAUUUUUAUGAUUGGUUGGCUGUGUACUUGACAGAAAUGGAACUCCUUAGAACCCAAGCAGAGUUUGAUGAUAGUUUAACUUUGAAAGUCUACUUAUUUCAGUUUAUCAAUUAUUAUGCUUCGAUUUUUUAUGUAGCUUUUUUGAAAGGCAAAUUUGUCGGUUAUCCAAAAAAGUACAAUAAGAUUUUGGGAUUUAGACAAGAAGAAUGUUCGCCUGGAGGGUGCUUACUAGAAUUAUCUAUUCAACUAGUCAUUAUAAUGGUCGGGAAGCAAGCCAUCUACACCGUCAUGGAAAUGAUUUUACCAAUUCUGUACAAGUCUUGGGCAUUGUUUAGGAUUCACACUGGUUUAAAACAAAAAGAUCCUAUUGUGCCCCGGAGGCAAUGGAUACGAGAUCUUAAACUGCUUGAUUGGUCUGCAAGAGGAUUGUAUGACGAGUAUUUGGAAAUGGUGAUUCAAUUCGGUUUUAUCACACUCUUUGUAGUAGCCUUUCCCUUAGCUCCAUUUUUUGCCUUGGCGAACAAUGUUUUUGAAAUGCGUUUGGACGCGGCCAAAUUUUUACGUCAUUAUCGUCGUCCUGUGCCGAGAAGAGCUCGCGAUAUUGGUAUAUGGGGUCAGAUUCUCGACGCCUUAGCCCGUAUCUCCGUUACCACAAAUGGAUUUAUCAUAGCAUUUUCGUCGACAUUCAUACCUCGUUUGGUGUACAUGAGCGUGGUUAGUCCUGAUCAUACCGAUGCAGGAUUUUUGAAUCAUAGCUUAGCUUACUUCGAUACAAAGGAUUUUGCUAAUGGUACUGCUCCAUUGAUGACAAACUUUGCGAAUGUUACCACAUGUCGCUAUACUGAGUAUAGAAAUCCUCCCGAUCAUUUUGAGCAACCUUAUAAGAGACCUUCAAUUUAUUGGCACAUUUUAGCGGUCAGAUUGGCUUUUGUCGUAGUUUUCCAGAAUGCCAUCUCAUUGAUGACCAUGGCUGUCCAGUGGUGUUUGGCCGAUAAGCCCCGAAAACUUCGCGAUCAAAUAAAGCGCGAAGCUUUCUUGACUGAAGAAUUGAUUAUUAAGCGCGAGGCUGAGAGAGCUCGUAAAAAAUUAGAAGAACAAGAAAUAUUCGUUCAUGGUGAUUCUAAUAUUAGAAAAAGAAAUUCACAUUACAGCAAUGCUUCGGACAAUCAAGGAUUUGCGAAUGAAAAUAGCCAGUUCAUACGAAAUUCAAACUACUCCGAAUUUUCUGUUGACCUUUAAUAUUUAUGAAAUUAAUAUGCAUUUCUCAAAGUGUUUUUUGAACUUUAUAAUCUUGAUAAGGUUUUUCUGAAUCUCGUUGUUAUCUCUCUAUACGUCAUGCUUAAUUUUUUUACGUUAAUGCAAACGUAUACUUUGAAUAUUUUCUAUGCAUCUUCCGCUUCCUGAUGUACAGAAAAAAUAAAUUUUAUUGAUAUUUA